UUUCUUAGAUUGAAUCAUAAAACAUGUUUUAAUCUUAUUCACAUAUAUUAUUAUUAUCUAGACUGUUUACCAGGAUACAGUGGAGUAAAUUGUAGUCAAUCAUGUCCAUAUCCUUUCUAUGGAGACUUGUGUCAAGGGAUAUGUGACUGUGACAACGAAACGUGUGAUGUUUCCACAGGUUGUAAAAUUGUUACCACUGGUAAGAAGAUUCUAAAACUUAAUUUUAGAUUUAAUUACUGUCAAAAUAUUAAGCAAGUGAAAGUUUACGAUACUGAAAAGAAGCUUGGAUGUGUGGAUCUUUUAUUAAUAUUUGCUCACUUUUUUGUUUAUAUCCAUGACCGGCGAAAUAGAACAGACAUGAACAGACGACUUUCACAUUUACAAAAUGUUAUUCCCCUUUGCAGGGUCAAUCUUGGUUCAACCGGCGUAAGACGCUGUUUUCCCUCUCUAACCUUGCCUACUUUAAGGGUCAGUGUCUUAGAAAUG